UAGGUCUCGCCUUUCAAGCUUUUCCUCACCUCUUUUAUCGGUGCUCUCGCGAAUGUCACAUCUCUCCGCGCUUACCGCACGACGCCAUCGCAGCCGAGUCCUAACGUCGCACAGCCCCGCUGGCGACGCUUUGUGCGACCCUGUGCGAGGGACCGGCGCUUCGUCGCUGCUGUCGCGACACUGGACUGCACACACCGACGUUAGUACCAGCCUCGAAACUGCUGCUGCUGCCGCCACCGUUACUACCUCAGGCUCGUCGUAUAAUAGUGUUUUUGGAGAUGUAGGAAUUUCCAGCGACGUAGGUCGUUCCAGCGACGUAGGUCGUUCCGGCGAUGUGGGGUUCGGUCGUGGGGAGCACGGCGGGCUGCUGCCGUGGAAGGAGCGGCUGAAACGGCGACAGCUCGAAGCAGCCCUGAGCCAUCGCGAAUCGCUCCAGGGACCCGCGCUGCAGGCGCGCCUACGCCUGGACCAGCGCCUGCGCGCAGCAGGGAUCCGCCCUCCGCCCACCCUAGAGGAGCUUCCGCGGCUUCCCCCUGGGCCAACUUCCGCAGCGUCCUCUCGGCAAAUUACAAACGGCCACGUGGCAGAGGGGCCCAUCAUGACUGCUGCGGUAACAGCUUCCAGAAGCGUCAGCCAAGCAGCUUCCUUGCAGGCAGCUGGCAGGAUAUCGGUAGAUGACACCACUAGGGAGAGGGUAACUUUGGGUAUUACCCCGACUGGGAUGGGAGCAAUGUCGGCAGACGGUGAGGGUCGAGAAGGAGGAGGAAGAGGACAAUGGGAGAGGGGAAGAAGGGGUGUUGAUGGGCGGGAGACGGUUGAAGUAGAUGGGAGCAGCAGGAGCAGCAUGAGGCACCACAGAAGCAGCAGGAAAGCAAGUGGUGGUGCAGACGAACAGGCUGAGCUCGAUGGCAGGAGCUGUGACACGAGCAGCAGCCAAAGCAGCAGAAGCAGCGGAAGCAGCAGGAGUAGUAGAAGCAGUGGGAGCAACAGUACCAGCAGUAGCAGCAGGAGCAGUGAUGCCAGCAGGAGCAGCAGUGGGAGAAGCGGCAGCAGUCGGAGCAGCAGCAGCAGCAGUCAUGAGCGUAGCACUGGGAGUGCUCGUGGUGAGGGCAGCAGAGCACAGCACAGCAGACAGCAGCAUCACAGUAGCGCUAGCAGACAUGCCAGCACUAGCGCUAGCAGGGAAAGGAGCAGCAGCCGCACCCACCACCAUCAUCACCACCACCACCACCAUGAGCAACAUCAGCAUGCAUGGAGCAGCAGCAGUAGCAGCAAGAGUAGUGGAAACAGAAGAGGCAGCAGUAGCCGUGGUUCUGCUGGUGGGCCUGAUGAAGGGGGUGGUGACAGCUGUACACUGAGCAGCAGGUGCAUGAGUGCUGGAUUGGGUCUGAAUGGACUCCUGUCAGCUGGGGAUGCUGUUGAUGAUGUAUGUGAUGGUAUACGACGCAUGGCUCUGGCACACUCUGGCGGAUGUGAUUCUAACAAGGGGAAGGAGAAGGCUGAUUUCUGUGCUGCUGCUGAGGCUACAAGCGAUUCUGACAGAGAAGAGGAUGGGAUGAUGGUGAAGGGGGAUGGACAGGAGUGCAGUGUGUGCUUGGAGAGCAUGGGUAAUGGAGCCUCUCUGAUGUGGUUACCCUGUGCACAUGGUUUCCACCAUGAUUGCAUCAUGACAUGGGUCAUGGGAGGCCAUUCAAGCUGUCCCUGCUGUCGCCACCCAUUAUAGCCCUCAAAGCACAUAAUGUACAGCGCUCUACGUAUGCCUAAUCUGUUGUAAUGCUUCAUAUCUUCCCCACUAUUACAAGUGGGACUAGCAUGACUCGAGAGUCCAUGUUGCCAUGUUGUGUUGUUUCUUGUUGAUUAUAAAAAGUAUUGAUAUGC